CUGCAGCAAUGGCAGCACCAACACACCCCACAAUUAUUUAAUCGGUGCUCUGUAAUUUAAAGAGUACUUAAAGUGUAAAUUAUUGCUAAGUCUGUUAAACACAAACCCGUCUCCUCUCUGACCUGCUGUCCUCCUCCCUUUAAUAUCAUCCUGUAUGAAGGCACAGCUGCAAACAGCACAGUGCACUAACAAGGAUGUUAACACACAUCUGUAGGUCAGUUCAGGUGUGUUGACAGAAAAUCAAAGAGCAAAUAGAAAAGAGAGAAGCAUCAUCAUCCAGGGGGCUACGCAGCAAGGCCCGGACCACACCUGCCCUCCCCCACAUCCACACACGUUCAUGUCAUGAACUGGAUCUCCUUCUGACUGAAAACCAUUUCAGCCCAGCUGUGGGAUUCAAACACAUGCACUUGACUCUCUGACAAAAGUCGACUAUUAUUUAAUGAAGAGAUUUGGAUGAAGCCCAAGCAGGAAAACAAAUGAAUGUGUUCUGGCUUUGGAGCCAAGCAGAGUGUCCUUGAAAGCUGUUUUGAAUGAAAACAUCUGCUCAUUGUUUGUGGGCUUCAUCAUUCAAAACACCCACUCGGGUCAAGUUUACAUGGAAAUGUGAGCAGCAACAUUUCACCAAACGGAGUCAUAAAAACGUUCCUGUCUCUGGAGGAUUUAGUUCUUCCUGACAGGGCCCAGCUUGUGGACGAUUUACAGUGAUUCUGUUUAUUUCUUAGGCACUUAUUAGUUUUUAGUCCUUGUACAUUUUGGCAGGAAAAACAGAGCAGUGUGAUGAAGCCAAGAAAUCAGAAGCUGUUUCCAGCCCAGUCCAGACAGGAUUAACAGGAAGUGGGAGACACUGAUGCUGAGCUCGCCCGCUGAGAUGCUGACAGUGAUGGGGAAGGAGGACAACAUGCAUGUUUGAAUCUCUCCUCCGUCACAAACAGUACUGACUGCUGUACGGCUGGCCUCCACUUUGCUGCCUCCUCCUUCCUGUCACUUCUGCUUGGAUCUGGCUGUACACGUUUAUUCUCUGAGGAAGUUCAGCAGCAGCCUCGGGGCUCUGGUCCUGCUGACCUCUAACCCCUGACACAUCACAUCACCCCUUCCCUUUGUCCUUACCCCACCAUGUCCAACAACAGCAGCAUCCCUGGGGUGUGGGAGGCCUCUGAUUGGGCAGACACCUCUCAGUGCCCGCCCUCUGUAGGCGGAGCAACUUUCUUGAUUGUGGCCUACAGCGCUGUCAUCGCAAUCGGGUUGCUGGGCAACUCAGGCCUGGUGUUCAUCAUCGCCCGGCAGCAGGAGCUACGCAACGUCACCAACAUCCUGAUCGCCAACCUGUCAUGCUCGGACAUCUUGAUGUGUGUGGUGUGUCUUCCAGUUACCGUCAUAUACACACUGAUGGACCGCUGGGUGCUGGGGGAGGCCCUGUGUAAGGUGACUCCCUUUGUCCAGUGCAUGUCCGUGACAGUGUCUAUCUUCUCCCUGGUGCUCAUCGCUCUGGAGCGUCACCAGCUGAUCCUCCAUCCCACGGGCUGGUCACCCGCUGCCGGCCACUCCUACCUGGCUGUGGGCCUGACAUGGCUGGUCGCCUGCUUCAUCUCUCUGCCCUUCCUGUCCUUCAACAUCCUUACUAAUGACCCCUUCCAGAACAUCAGUCUGCCCGCCAACCCCUUCAGGGACCACUUGAUCUGCAUGGAGCUGUGGCCACCAGCAAAGCACCGCCUUGCCUACACGCCCUCGCUGCUGCUCUUCCAGUACUGCCUGCCACUUCUGCUGGUGCUGCUCUGCUACCUCAGGAUCUUCCUACGCCUGAGACGACGCAGGGACAUACUGGAGCACAGCAGGAGGACUCGGGGAGCCCAGAGGAUUAACAUCAUGCUGUUAGCCAUCGUGGUGGCCUUCGCUCUGUGCUGGCUGCCGCUCAAUGUCUUCAACACGCUGUUCGACUGGCACCACCAGGCCCUACCUGACUGCCAGCAUGACGCCGUCUUCUCCGCCUGCCACCUCACAGCGAUGGCCUCCACCUGCAUUAACCCCGUGGUGUACGGCUUCCUCAACAGCAACUUCCAGAGGGAGCUGAAGUUGACGCUGCAGCGCUGCCAGUGCAGUAACCAGGCAACGGAGAGCUACGAGAGCUUCCCUCUCUCCACUGUGGGCAGCGAGGGCGUGACGAAGGCCACGUCCCUCAACAGGAUGGGGUCAGUGUAUGUUCCCUCGCCCAGGCUAGAGAGCAGCCCAGCAAUGCCAGCUAAAGCAAUACCAGUGAGCACCUAAUAGGCAAUACCACCAGACUGGUCACAAACUGCCUGAGACCUCUGAGCAAGUCAGCUACUCUCUCAACCUCAUUUCCACGACUCUCCUAACAGAGCGAGGCAGCUGGUUUCACUGGGGCUGACUGUGCAGGGACAGGAAGCGAUGGAGAGGCUGGGGGAUGUAGCUUUAAGUCCAGAACACCAUCGUACAGUCUUGUAAAUAGACUCCGCUGCAGGACACAGACAGAAAACCGGGGAGCUGGGAGAACUGACUGCUUGGCUUUACCCUGCUCCUCCUACCUUCUCUUGUCAUUUACAGAAUCCAGGUUUCAGAUCCAUGGUUUCACACAGAAGCAGAUAAAAGCAGGCGGUCGUUGAUUCUGUUGGUCGAACAGACAGUUUAUGACAAAUCCUACCACACCAUGUAGCUAAUUAAUGUUGGCUCUUCCUGCUAUUUGGGAGCAAUAACUUUUCUGUGGGGUUGAGCAAAAGGUCAGCUUCGAGCACUGGCCGGCAGGAAAAUGUGGAAAAUGUUGAUGCAGGGACACAAAAGUGUCCCAAACUGAGAACUUAGAGCGAGAACCUGAGAGAAUGCUCCAACCGCUGGAGAAGGAAACAACUCACUGGCAUAAAUGUUUUAUAUGUAACUUGUAAAUCAUUUCAUUUUGAUGGUGAUCAUGCCUUGGUGUGUCGAGGUCGUCAGUGCUUGACGUAAGUACAGUGGAAGAGGAUGAGGGAGCUUAACGUCGACGUCUCAUACAACUCAGACUCUUAGUUUGUGGUGAACAUGCUGUGAUAAAUAUUUAGAUACUUGACUGGAUUUCUACUGUUUUUAGUGAUAAAUACAAUAAAGUCUGUGACGGAUGUGAUUACUGCUGAUGCCACACGGCCUUACUUUCUCUGAAACCUUGAAGGACUGAGCACAUUUUGUAGCAGGACGCCACCAUCAUCAACAUACAGCCCCUGGUGUCCACAUCUCCUCGUAGUUCACUGUUCUGAAGCUGUCAACUCACAAGCAACAAAAGAUCUUCAGUUUCUGAUGCAUUAGAAACUUUCUUUACAGGUUUUCCAUCACCUUUCAGUCUGAGCAUUUAUAUUUGAGCUUAUCUUCGGUUCUGUUAUCGACAUUUUUCACUUCAGUUCAAUGUGCAAUUUCCAUUUUCACUUUCCUUUUGGAAUGAUUCAUUUUCCAUCUAUCUUUAAUUUCAAAAUUGUAAUUAA